AUGGCCCAGGACCGGUGGCCCGGGACGCCCUGGGUGCCGGUCGGCACAGUCUCCCGGCUGGGCCUCACCAGAACCUGGUGGGUCUACCUGACCCAGGUCGAGGCCCCAGCCCGAACAGCCCGCCGCCGGACAGCCGGACAGCCGGACAGCGUCACGGCGACACGCCCGCCCCGAACCUGUCAGCCUCCCGUCCUCCGGAGCCCCAACGUCAUCGUCACCGACUUCGCCACCCGGGAGGAGCUCAUCCAGGCCUUGGUCUGCACCUUGUUCUUUCCUUUCUACUGCGGGAUGAUCCCCCCUGAGUUCAGAGGGCAGAGGGAACCAGGCAGGGAGCUGUUAGUCACCUACCGAGCACUAGCGACACCAGGAUUUGAACCCUGGGCCAGGUCGCAGGCUCUGGGCUCUGACCAACCACCGGAGAGGGGGCGGGAGCAGACAAGGCUGGGGAGGGCAGGAAGCGUCCUGGUGGUCCACCGGGCGGCCAGCACGUUCCUAGGGCUGGACGUGGGAGGGACAGAGCCGGGAGACCCCAGGGGCGCUGACCGGCCACGUCCCCCGCCCCCUGACCCAGGACUGACCAAGGAGCCAGUGCUGCGGAUGCUGGUGCCUGAGCAGUGCCCAGCCCCUGCCCCCGCCCUGGACGCUGGCGGCGACGGAGGCCAGCAGGCGCGGCCAUCGCUCGACUGGACCGUGCCCAGUGUACUCAUCAGGGAUGUGCCCAACUUCGAGCAGCUCUCGCCAAAGCUGGAGGCUGCUCUGCGCAAGUCGUGCACGAGGGACCCCAGCCCCUGGGCCCGCUUCUGCCGGUCCGGCCCCGGCCGGGCGCUGACCUACCUGCUGCUGCCCUGCACGCUGCCUCUCCAGUACGUCUACUUCCGGGGCAGAAGGCUGGUGCUGUGGCUGCCGGACGCGCCCAGUGACCUGUGGUGGGUGCAGAGCUCCCUGCGGCGCUCGGCCCUCUGGCUCUACUCCAGGACCAAGGCCCAGGUCUGCGGGGCUGGCCAGCUCGCCAGACCCUGCCAGCCCGGGGCAGCCCGUCCCGGGGACCUGGCCAAGGAGCUCAGACCCGCCCCUCGGGGCGGCCCACGCUGUGGGCUGCACCCGGCCGUGGCACGCUCGCUCGCAGGCACCUCCAGCAGCCGGAGGAUGCGCAUCAGAUGGCAGCGCAUCAGAUGGCAGCCGGGUGUGGGCGCCUCCUGGAGAUCCUUUCCCUGA